GUACCGGAAGUCCAGUGGACAAGCGCACGGUUGAUCGCAGUGUUUUUUCUUCUAGGGCAGCAGCAGCAGUUCCAUCCGUACGCGUUUGCCUCCCAUAGGGGUGGUCCGUUUUUCGCUUCGCCCUUGGUGGAUCCCCUGCAACCCUUGCCGAAUCCUCUUCAGCCGUUACCGAAUCCGCUGCAGCCACGGGAUCCGUUGUCGUCGUUUCGACAUGCGAUGCCGGGCAACUGUCAAAACAUGUCGCAGUUCGGUCUGACUGCGAGCAAUUCAUGGGGAUACGGAAGCACGGCCGGUUACGCUGGUUAUCUUCCUGGUCCUUUGUCGUCGUGUGCUACACAGGCGUCGUUUCCACCCCCGCUGCCUCCUCCGCCACCGCCACCGCCGCCGUCAUCGUCAUUGGCGUCUUUCGCGGGUACCGCGUCCAUGAACACGCCGACGGCGCCGGAUUCGACAGCGGGCACUACCGUCGCUUCCGACACCGGCACGGGAACCACGGCACAGCAGGAUGCGUUCUCAGCGGUGUCUUCUCUGGUGCCUGACUCGACGACGACGAGCCCUACGGACCCGCUGGACCCACUGAGCAGCCUGUUGUCCGGUACGCCGAGCCAGAGGUACCAGGACUACGUCUCGCCCAAGUCCCUGUCCACGGACUCCAGCACCACCGAGAGCCCCGUGCACGAGGAACAAGCCUUCGGACAGAACUAUGGCAACUACUUCCCGACGCCCGGGGUGCUUCCCAGCAUCCUCUACUCUCAGCUGUACGGGAACCAAUUUCAAAACUCGGAGAGCCCGGAGCAGAGAGCGGUCGCGGACAGCUGUAGCGUCAGACAGGAAGAGGUCAGACCGUACAACAACGUCUGGAGGCCUUACUGAUACCAAGAGUCUGGUACAUCGAACCAGCCUCUCAUCUAGGGUGUCCCCUAGCUCGCCGAGAGAGAGAUAGGGACACCGUCGAUCGGCAAACUGUGAUUGGUGCGACGUGUUGGCUCGCCACCGAGCGAAACUAGCUACUAGUGGGCAUUAAAAACGAAAAUAAUAAAAAAGAGUACAGGGACACGCUCCGGUGCGCGUGUUUGAUCGCGGAUCUAUUCGCGACGAUACGGUUCGAUCCCGAAUGGAUCCUUUUCGCUGGUUGUGUCUCAACGAAUCCUUUAGAGCGAGCUGAUUUCUAGUUAAGCGUGAGAACGGAUCCUGAGUGCAAUGCUGGUGUGAGUGGGGACGCGUGGCCUGGGUGAUGGUGACGACGAUGAUGAUGUAUAUAACACUGUACAUAGAUAGAGCAUUGUCGUUUCAUCGAGUCGUUCAUCACUGUCGACGAACUACGCGAGGUGCGACGAAUCGGGAACGGACGUUUCGAAGAUGGCUGGCCAAACUUCGGGACGAUGAAUCGGUCACUUUGGACACCGGAUAUUCGCCGAGCUAUGGCGAUUUUGCAGUUGGUAGACGCUAGAAUCGGUAGGCAUUACCGUUCUCAGUAUUUUCAGUAGAUCACGUUGAAAUUGCUGUGCAUCGCGUGGAUUCGAGGAUCUCCGAAAUUCAUGGGUUGAUGGGUAUGGACACUGCCGACAGAAAGAAACCAAGGUAAAUUUCACAAUUAUUCACACAUAUUCUGACAAUCAUCGCUAAAGGGAAGUCGUCGCCAUAAAAAUCAGCUACCAGUAGUUAGUCUGACAAAAAUUUGGAAGCUUUGUACUUUUAUGUAGUUUCUUAAGCUGAAUUUGAUGAUGUACAAAGAAACAAUUUUUAAGCAUUUAAAAUUAAACCAAUUGAGACAGUCCAUACGCUCGUUUGUUUAUUAUUUUUUAAGAAGCGUUUGAAAAGAAUAAACAUUUCUAAAGCUGCAUUUUAAACAAAGUUAUGCUCAUGUAUAUCACGCUGAAUACGUAAUUUGGGAGAAGACACGAUAAGUAGCUUAAUUUUUCGUAUAUUAUUUUUUUAAUAAAAUUACAAUCUGAAGUAUGCAAUCGAAUUGAUUCACGAUAAUCGAAUUCACGUAGUGAAUAAAUUGUUAUUGUACAUAUAGUACUCCUAUCCCAAGUGUACAACCACAAAUAAAAUCCUACUCGUCUGUGCUAAUAUAUUCGAUACCGAGAACUGUAAUAUACCGAUUUUAGCGUCAAAUGUCGUAGUUUAUCGUUCGUUUAUACGAUUUUUAUGAACAGAAGUGUGUUAAAUAGUAGCAUACAUAAGUUCACGCAUACUCGACGAAUAUUCUGUCAUUUUCCUCGAAAACGAAUUGUCGUAUGAAAAACUGUCGCUCUACAUUUACGAUUUGUGUUUUUCUAGAGAGAAAUUGCUACUCUUUUGGUUGCGAACCUUUACUUAACCCUUUCGUGUCCAUUAUGUUGUUUUCGGUGCAACGCUGUCCCAGAAAAUCUAUAUCGUUAUUAUUCUACAUAUGAGCUAUGAUUUUUCAAAGGUUAUUCUUUUAGCUUUAUACAUCGGUUAUAUCAAUGUUUAGUGGAAGUUUUUAAUAGAAUUAUAAAAUAAUUGUGUUUAAAUAAUUUAAAUUAUAGUUUCGAUAAGAAGAAGUGCUUAGAAUAAAAUUCACGGUUUUACACGUUCUUAACAAGCAGUUUUAUUACAGUUUCAGAACAAAAAGUUUAUUUUUGAUCAAUAAAAUGAAUAUAGCAAAAUGUGUAAAACACAUAUAACAUUAGAAUUCAGGAAUGUAGCGUCCAACGAUUUCUCUAAUGUAAAGAAUUGAAAUUUAUAAAUUUAGGGCGGUUGACAGCGGAAGUAUAUCUUGCAUAAACAUUGAAUGGUAAGAAUAAAGUUCCUAUCUACAUCUAAGACUAAUUAAUCGUUUCCUUUUUCAAUUACCUUAUCAUUCCUAUUAUUUAUUUUAUUUCAAAGUCUGCAUUAAUCUGUACAAAAUCUGUAUUGUAAAUAUUGAAAACAGCUAUUCGCGUCGUAUCGUUACAAUAAUAAUAUUGUUACAUAAAUUGGUUCUAACGACUAAACAAACGAAAUACAAGUAUACUUGUAAAUUAUUAUUAAGAAUUCAAGAAGCAACGUAAUUGUCAACCUCAAAACUUAUUCAAACUAAGAAUAAUCUGGAAAAUCUCGUAAAAGGAUGUAUCCACAUUAUUCUUAAUUUAACUAUACGUUAUAUAUUGUUUUAUUGUUAACCGUUUUGAAUUUAUAAAUCAACGAUGAACAUUUUUCCAUUUAUUAACUUAAUCACAAUGUAUUCCUCGAUUCUUAUGUUAAUAUGUACUUUACACAAUUACUGUCACCACUUUUAACAUAAAAAUUAAUCUUCUUUUUUUUUUUUUGAAGAUGCUAUCGAAAAUAAAACUGGAAGGGCGUUGCAUCAGAGCGAAUGAUUGUUAAACAAUUUUGUUGGAAAUCUCAUCGUAAUAUUUGCGACAAAAUAGACUGAUGCGUGGUAAAAGAAGAAUAAAUAAUGCUCGCUAUAUACGGGCACGAGGGGGUUAAUUACGGAGCAACACCCUUUGGCCAGCUGUCCAACAAACGCUUGGCGCGCCUUCUACCUUUCGAUUAUGUUUUCAUAGUAUAACGCGAUCGAUUCGAACUGCGGGCUCGUGCAAUAUCGCGGCGUGGUUUACGUCGCGGUCCUAGUCGUACUCUCCAAGUUUCUUCGCUGGGGAACGACGGAAACUAACGUAAAUCGCGUCGCGACGAUAAGAGACGGAAAAUGGAAUCGAAUCUCGCGGAAGUUUGUUUGCGAUUCAACGAAGUAAAAUUCCGUCGUCGCGGCAGCGCGCAGCGCCGGGACGGUUUCACAUCGAAAUUCAUCAAACGAAAAACCGAAAAUCCGUUCGACGCGUCGGCCACGAUUUAAUUCGUUAAUUUUUUUCUUGCCUCGCGCGCCGACGACGAACAUUCCCCCAAGAAUGAUUUCCGAUAUACAUAUCUACCGACCUAUUGUUAUCGUAGUUUUUGACCGAGUCGAAAUAAAAAAUGUAUUUCAAA